AUGCAUGAUGUUGUUCUCCACACUGUUGCUUGGUGCCCUGAAAUUUUUGGGUUCCCAGCAAAUAAUGAUAUUGAACAAAAUAUGAUAUGUAAAGUUCUUUUAAAACUUCAAAAUCUGUACAAAGAAGAACGCAUUCAGCGAGCCUAUUAUGGAGGACCUGCUUAUCAUACGUCUGGAUUUGAGCCAAUGACUCUUCUUGCUGGACUAGCAUUUUUGGCAUUUCUACUGCAGACUUUGCAUGCACUUCUUUAUCGGGCGCCUGCUACAGCCACAUUAGCUCCGGUUUCCAUAUCAAGAGGAUCUGUUGAGCCUGAAUCAAAGAUAACUGAUACAGUUUUGUCUGCUCUAGAAAAAUAUGACACAAUGAAUGAGAAAAGAUCUUUAGGUGGUGGUGGUGAUGAUGAUGAUGCUACUGUGCUCUGGCCACCAAUGAUAAAAAAAAUUUACAACACAUUAUCUACCUAUUGGAAUAAACAAAAUUCACUUUGUAAGCAUAAUGUUCUUUGCCGAUUGUUGAGACGGCAAAACCACAAUUAAGUACAUGGCAAGAUUAACUCUGAAAUAACUUGUAUGACAAGAAGAUUUACAUUUUUUCUGCGUAAUUGUUGAGACUUUUUGGUAAUUAUGGAAAGAGUAUGUAUGAAAGAAAAGUAUGGUGAUAGUGAGCAAUGAAUUAUCAUGAGCAAGACAGUUCCCUGAUCCGUCAUGUUUUAUUAGUGGAUUUGCUAAACAGCAAUGUUAACGGUUAUGUUCAAAUCUAUUUCGUACCACGUAUUUGUGAAUCUGUAUUCAUUAACAAACGUAAUUACCUUUCAACAAUAAGUGGAUAAUCAAGUGUUGAUUUGUCAUAAAUACAGUAAUCCAUUACAAAAGAUUAUCAUUAUAUCAUUCUGUUUCUCCCAUUUAUACAAUUCAAUAUGAAGAAAAGCUUUGUGAAACAGCUUGUGCUUGUGUCUGCUUAUUCUAAAAUUUUGUUAUGAAGACUGUAAACAAAG